UUACUGUUGCCCAUUUCUGCCUGCCAUGCUUAAAUACUAAUAAUAAUUGAGAAAAAGUUACAUAAGCAGAUGAGAAGCAUCAAACUGCAAUUCUUGGUAAUAAAUCUUUCUUCUUUAAUCAAACAUACAAGUUUACACUUCACUUGCGCCCAUGACCAUGAGAUAAAUAACGAGUACCUCCCUUGGGCUGAAAACAGCUGGAAGGCAAAAUCCUGUGAGUGUGAGCCGAAGCACCGCCGAUAUCCAUAGCAUGGAGGAGACCACAAUUAUUAAUUAAAUAAAUAACUAGUAUGAAAUCUGAAUUCUCUGUGUACCACUACCGCUACAAUUCUUCCAAAUCCAAUCUCUUUCUUGUAUAAUAUCAAGACAUUUCCCCCGACCACCUCCCCUUCAUCUUGCUUUUCUUCUAAUCUAAUCGCACGGUGCUCCAAUUGCCUGUUACUUAGGAUGCCUGCCAACUCUUGCUCUACUUAGCCCUUCUCUUAGAUUCCAUACGUGCUCCUCCCAGUAUUAUAACCUCGAAAAAGCCCGGCAAAAGCACUGUGCUUUGCAAUUGGCAUCUCCCUCUCUCCAAUCACCCCCCAACACACGGCUCCUUGAAUUUGCAGAUUUACGAGCUGCAUUCUUCUUCUUCUUCCGUAUUUGGCUCCUUGACUUGAAAGGAGCAACAUUUCCUAAUCACAACUGUGCACUAGCCAUAAAUUACCAUUUUCUUUUAAACCUUCUCUGUCUUUAUUAAUCAUGUACUAAAUUAAGCUUACUGCUACAUUACAAUUUAAAAACUCAUCUGCAAGAUUCAAGCUUUGGCUUUUUCCCUCUCAAGAUUUGGGGAGCAGAGAAAAGCAAAGAUGAAGCUUUUUUGUGUUGGGGUUUUUGCGGCAUUUGUUUUUUGCAAAGUGGUUACUGGGUUCUUAGAUUUUAAUGAAACAGAGCUGUCUUUUAUUGAGGCUUACGAAUAUGGAGUCUCCAAACUCAACUACAAUCCUCUCAUGGUUGGACUCACUCUUAUUCCAAGUGCCGGCGCUCAAGGAGCUGUCUGCCUGGAUGGAACCUUGCCAGGUUAUCAUUGGCAUCGUGGAUAUGGAUCAGGAGCAAAUAGCUGGCUCAUUCAGUUGGAGGGAGGAGGAUGGUGCAAUAACAUUAGAACUUGUGUCUACCGCAAAAAAACCCGACGUGGAUCAUCCACUUACAUGGAAAAGCAGAUACCAUUCACUGGAAUAUUGAGUGAAAAAGCUGAAGAAAAUCCUGACUUUUUCAAUUGGAACAGAGUAAAGCUUCGUUAUUGUGAUGGUGCCUCUUUUACCGGGGACAGCGAAAAUAAGGCUGCACAGCUGCAAUUUAGAGGACAACGUAUAUGGUUAGCUGCAAUGGAAGAUUUAAUGUCAAAAGGAAUGCGCUAUGCAAAGCAGGCUCUUCUUUCCGGCUGUUCUGCUGGGGGUUUGGCAGCAAUUUUACACUGUGAUGAGUUCAGGAACUUGUUUCCAAGAACUACUAAAGUUAAGUGCCUUAGUGAUGCUGGUCUAUUCCUUGAUGCGAUUGAUGUGUCUGGUGGUCACACGCUUAGAAGUUUAUACAGUGGCGUGGUCGGGUUGCAGGGUGUGCAACAUAACCUUCCUCGUAUAUGCACCAACCACCUUGAUCCAACUUCGUGUUUCUUUCCUCAAAAUCUAAUCAGCCACAUCCAAACUCCACUGUUUAUUCUUAAUGCAGCUUAUGAUUCAUGGCAGAUACAAUCCAGUAUAGCUCCACCAUCGGCAGAUCCACAUGGUUAUUGGCAUGAUUGCAGAUUGAACCAUGCAAAAUGUUCUGCAUCUCAAAUCAGGUUUUUACAAGGCUUCCGAACACAGAUGCUUAAUGCUAUAAAAGGGUUCUCAAUGUCUAGACAGAAUGGAUUAUUUAUAAAUUCAUGUUUUGCUCACUGCCAAACAGAGAGGCAAGACACAUGGUUUGCUGAUGAUUCUCCUGAAAUUAGAAACAAGCCAAUUGCAAUCGCUGUUGGAGAUUGGUAUUUUGACAGAGCAGGCGUGAGGUCCAUUGAUUGUCCAUACCCUUGUGACAAGACUUGCCACAAUCUGGUUUUUAGAUGAGCCAAUGAUAAAUAUUAGUUGGCUGAUAUACAUGGUGAGGUUAGACGUAGCAGGUAUCUUCCUAUCCGCAAUUCAAUGGAAAGUGGAUACAAGACAAUAAAGAGGAAGGUUGCUGAGAAAUGCAAAUGCAAUCAGCAAAUCUUCUGCAAUGUUUUCUAAGCAAAAUUGCAUUGCUCAAAUUUUUUUCACCCCUCUGCCCAAGGUUAAGCUUGAUGCAUGUAUGUCCUUGUUAGCGGUUAUAUUCCCCCAUUGAAUUCUAUAUUUCCGUAGACAGCGUGCUGAUCAUUGUUUUAACUUUGCAACUGUAACUUUCCAAGCAGACAUAUUUUUGAGCAAGGGAAGGUUUUUUUAAUGAGCUUCUUCUCUAUUAUCAAUGCAAAAACAUGUAGAAAAGCCCCUAUAACCAUGAAGGGUUGGGUUUGAGUCA